GAUAAGAAGAAAAUGGAAAAUGUCUCUGAUGAUGGAGAUCGUGAUGAUUCUGAUCGUUCUGGUGGUUCUGGUGGAUCAUCGGAUGGUAGCCGUGGCUCGGCAUUGCAAAAGAGAAAAAGAGUUGUUGAUAAAGUGAAGAAAGAAGAUGUUCGAAAUGUGAAAAAGAUGAAGCAAGUUGCUGAAGAUUUGCCUGAGGAUUAUGAUAGUGAAGACUUGGAGGUUGAAGUUCGUAAUGAUUUGAAGGAAUGGGAUUUAUAUUUCAAGCCUGGUGAAAAGAUUCAGGGAAAAGUGAUGUUAUUCCCUAAUCAGGAUAACAUUGUUGUCAAAAAUAUUAAUUCCAAGUUGACUAAAGAUCAACGUAAGUUGUUUCGUGGUACUUGUUUUGGUUAUUUUUUGGAUAGCCAUCCUGUUGGUUUUUAGUCUCAACUAGUUCAUAAUGCCUUACAUAGGGAGGUA